AUGGCCCAAAACUUUUGGUUUCAAGCAAUUACAACCACUCUAAAUAAUGACACCGCGUCUUCAGUAAUAAGCAGUAUCAAGAAUUCUGACGAUUCAGUCAACUUUAUCACAUUUAACCAGGAUGCUUCCUGUGUGGCGCUAGGCUUGACUAGCGGGUACAAGAUCUUCAACUGCCAACCGAACUUUGGCAGAUGUUUCCAAUUCAAGAAGCACGAACUGAUUGGCAUUGUCGAGAUGUUGUACUGUACUUCCCUUGUUGCCAUUGUGGGCCAGGGUGAAGAACCGGGAUCAUCGCCUAGAAAAUUGAAGAUCAUAAAUACUAAAAAGCAAAGCACCAUAUGUGAAUUGAUAUUCCCAUCGACGAUCCUUCAAGUUAAACUCACCCGAACGAGACUAGUGGUUGUCUUGGAGGAUCAGAUAUAUAUUUAUGACAUCUCCACUAUGAAACUUUUGCAUACUAUUGAAACAAGUCCUAAUGUGAAUGGUCUUUGUGCCAUUUCUUAUGAUCCUGACAAUGAAGGAAAUAGUUUUUUGGCAUACCCUUCUCCACCUAAAACUAUAACUCAUGAUUCAUUGUUGGCCACCGGGAUAAAUACAAAUGGUGGGCUGAAUUCAACUCAGAGCAAUAUAACUUCGGUGAGCAAGACUCCUAAUCGAGUAGGCGAUGUGAUUAUAUUUAACUUGACUACAUUACAACCAAUAUCAGUUAUAGAAGCUCAUAAAUCUACUUUAGCGGCUAUAGCAUUUUCGACCAACGGUUCUCUUUUGGCUACUGCGUCAGAUAAGGGAACUAUUGUUCGAAUCUUUGAAGUUGCUACCGGAGUGAAAAUAUACCAAUUUAGAAGAGGAACAUACCCAACCAAGAUAUAUUCACUUCGAUUCAGUGCCGAUGAUAAUUAUGUUGUUGCCACUAGUUCCAGUUUAACUGUCCAUAUAUUCCGGUUGGGCGAGGACGAAGCAUUGGAAAAUAAACACAAGAAGAAGAAAUUGAAUAGCAAGUAUGAUGCUAUUGCUGAAGAAGUGGAAGCUUCCUCGUCGGCAUCGACUUCCUCGAAAUCCAAACCCAGAAAGGCCAGAACUUCGCAAGAUGAAGAUUUUGAUAUUAGAGAUGAUGGCGAUGACUCCGAUGAGUUGGUUGAAGACGACGAUGAGCAAGAAGAAGAAAACGAUCAUGCUAGUAAACAACGGAAGUUAUCCCAAGGUUCUGUCAAUAGUGCACAAUCAGAUGAAACUCCCAUUUCCAAUUCUCCCAAAUCGGAACCAUUGAUUGAUCAAAAUAGAAUCUCCAUGGCCAGAUUAAUUAGAAGAUCUUCACAAACACUUGGUCGAAAAGCUGCCCAGAAAAUGGGAGAUUUCUUACCAUCGCGAUUCUCCUCGAUUUUAGAACCAACGAGAAAUUUCGCUUCGUUAAAGAUAAAUGCUAUAAAUAAAGAUGCCAAGUCAAUCGCAGUGAUGAAUAGUGUUAUCCAACCGGACUUGGUCCCACUGACAUACCUAUAUGCGAAGGAUAGUGAUUCUAAAAGCACAAAUAGUACCAUAAGUGCUAGUUCAAAAGAUGUCAUGCUUGAAGUUAACUUCUUACACAUAUAUGUGGUGACUUCGGAAGGAGUGUUUUACAUCUAUGGGGUCGAUCCAGAACGGGGAGGAGAUUGUAUUCUUUUACAACAAUAUUCCCUUUUAGAUGAAGUAGUUGUAUAG